GGAAAAAGUACCCAUUCUCUUGCCCUGUGGACUUCUAAAUAAUUCGUUGGUUAAAAGGGGGAAAAAGUUACAAAUUAGCGCUUGAAACCAAACACUCAUGGAAAUAAAUAAAAACUUGGAUCUUUAGAACUUCAGCCUUCAUGCUUUUAGAAGGAAAGUUGAUCACUUGAUUUUUAAAAAUUGGAUGAAAUGCCCCACCACGGAUAUCACGGGCCCCCAAUUAGUGGCUCCACAGAUACUCGGUCCCCGGCGCUAAAUCACCUCAGCUGCCCGCGCCCAGAGUGGUUAAACUCUCGCUGCGGGCGACUUCCGCUUCCUGGCCUAAAUCUGACACGUACUAUUCCCCCCAUGGCAACUACCCAGGGUCGGUGACAGUCGAGGAACCCGGCGAUGCCCUCAGCCGACGCGGGGACAGAGGCGCCGGCAGCACUGCUUUGGUUUAUGGAGCGGAGUAUUGUGCGCUGGUUAUCAAAUCCCAGGGGAGGACUCCAAACACUUCUGCCCACUGCACCUUGGUAUCAGAGUCGCCAAGGAAAACACAGCCGCAGUGAGACACUGAAUGCAACAAAGCUUUACCUGCAUAGAGAAGAGACAGCAAGAUCAGCAUCCAUAGUACGCAUCCUUUCCUCGUAGCUUGCGGGUCCCCUGGCAGCCAAAUGGCAGUAUCCAGCACAGAGAGCUGCCCCCUUGGUGCCCCCAGGAAGCAUUUGUGGGGUGAAUGGUGAAUGACCGCAUGGACACUGGCUUUCCAGGGUUUUUUGGAGUCUCUGCGGAGCCCCUGGGCCAGACCCCAUAGCAGAGGCUGCAGGAACUACCUCCCGGCCCCAGCAGCUCUGAUUGAGUCCCCAGGUGCCUGCCUGGCUUCAAGCUCCUGGGAAGAGCGGAGUCAUCAGCAAGAGAGCCCGAGAGCUGAGGCCCAGCAGGAACAUGCCAGCUAACCGGAGUUCUCCCCAGUGGUCCUCGGUCCUGGCUGCAGAGGGACGUGGCAGCUUGUGUGAGGUCUCCGUGUCAUUCGAGGAUGUGACUGUGGACUUCAGCAGGGAGGAGUGGCAGCAACUGGACCCUGCUCAGAGGCGCCUGUACCAGGAUGUGACACUGGAGAACUACAGCCACUUGCUGUCAGUGGGGUACCGGGUUCCCAAACCAGAGGUCAUCUUCAAGUUGGAGCAAGGAGAAGGGCCGUGGACGUUGGAGGGGGAAACCCCACAUCAGAGCUGUUCAGAUGAGGGUAUUGGGGAAAUGCAACAACAGAGAAUUUCUGGAAAAGUUUCAUUCCACUAUGAGAAAUUUGGUCAACCCAUAGGAAAAGAUCCAUUGUGUUCCAUUUUAGAAGAAUUGUGGCAAAAUAAUAGCCAGCUAGAGAGAGAUCAAGAAAGCCAAAAUCACCCUUUAAGUCAUGUGAAAGUAUUGAUUAAGGAGAGGGGCUAUGAAUGUAAAAAUAUUGAAAAAAUAAUUCAUGUGAGUACCAAGCUUGUUCCUUCAAUUAAAAGACUCCAUAACUAUGACACAUUUGGAAAGAGUUUGAAGCAUGCUUUAAACUUACACAAUCAUAAUAAAAGCAAUGCGACAAAGAACCUUGAUAAGAUUUUUGGAAAUGAUAAUAAUUUCACCCAUAGUUCUUCCUCUACUGAGAAUGUGAAUAUAGGAGCAAAUCCCUGUGAAAUUAAUCAAUGUGAAAAACAUCUUGGCAACAAACAAGUUCUCAUCCACCAUCAGAAAAUUCAGACUGGGGAACAACUUUAUGUAUGUACUGAGUGUGUAAAGAGCUUCCCCCAGAAGUCACAUCUCUUUGAGCAUCAGAGAAUUCAUGCUGAAGAAAAAGCCCAUGUAUGCCAUAAAAGUGACAAAGCCCUCAUCCAACAGCCACAGAUUAAUGUACCUCAAAGUGUCUGUACAGGAGAUAAACCCCAUAUAUGUACUCAGUGUGGGAAGGCCUUUACUCUCAAGUCAAACCUCAUUACACAUCAGAAAAUUCAUACUGGGCAGAAACCCUAUAAAUGCAGUGAAUGUGGAAAAGCCUUUUUCCACAGAUCCUAUCUCUUUAGACAUAUGAGAAUUCAUACCGGAGAAAAACCGUAUGAAUGCAGGGAAUGUGGAAGAGGCUUCUCCCAGAAUUCAGACCUUACUAUACAUCAGAAAACUCAUACUGGAGAGAAACACUAUGCGUGCAGUGAAUGUGGGAAAGCCUUUACAAGAAAAUCAGCACUCAGAAUGCAUCAGAGAAUCCACACAGGAGAGAAACCCUAUGUAUGCACGGAAUGCGGGAAGGCCUUCAUCCAGAAAUCACAUUUCAAUACACAUCAGAGAAUCCAUACUGGCGAAAAGCCUUAUGAAUGCAGUGAGUGUGGAAAAUCAUUCACUAAGAAGUCACAACUGCACGUGCAUCAAAGAAUUCACACAGGAGAAAAACCCUAUAUAUGUACAGAAUGUGGAAAGGUCUUUACUCAUAGGACAAACCUCACUACACAUCAGAAAACGCAUACUGGAGAGAAACCCUAUAUGUGUGCUGAAUGUGGAAAGGCUUUCAGUGACCAGUCAAAUCUCAUUAAACACCAGAAAACUCAUACUGGAGAGAAACCCUAUAAAUGCAAUGGCUGUGGAAAAGCCUUCAUAUGGAAGUCACGCCUCAAAAUCCAUCAGAAAUCUCAUAUUGGAGAGAGACACUAUGAAUGCAAUGAAUGUGGGAAAGCCUUUAUCCAGAAAUCAACACUAAGUGUGCAUCAGAGGAUCCACACAGGGGAGAAACCCUACGUUUGUCCUGAAUGUGGGAAGGCCUUCAUCCAGAAAUCACACUUCAUCGCACAUCAUAGAAUUCAUACUGGAGAGAAGCCUUACAAAUGCAGUGACUGUGGAAAAUGCUUUACUAAGAAAUCACAACUCCGUGUGCAUCAGAAGAUCCACACAGGAGAGAAACCCAAUAUAUGUGCUGAAUGUGGAAAGGCCUUCACUGACAGGUCAAAUCUUAUAACACACCAGAAAAUCCACACUCGAGAGAAACCCUACAAAUGCAGUGACUGUGGGAAAACCUUCACGUGGAAGUCCCGCCUCACUAUCCAUCAGAAAUCUCAUACUGGAGAAAGACACUAUGAAUGCAGUAAAUGCGGGAAAGCCUUUAUCCAGAAAGCAACAUUAAGUAUGCAUCAGAUCAUUCACACCGGAAAGAAACCCUAUGCUUGUACAGAAUGUCAGAAGGCCUUCACUGACAGAUCAAAUCUCAUGAAACACCAGAAAACUCAUAGUGGAGAAAAAGUAUAAAGCCAUUGACUGAGAAAGACUUCAGCUGGAACUCACAGCAGGGGACGCAUCAGAUGUCUCAUAGUGGGGCAGAGGGGUGCUGGAUGCUGUGAUCGGGGGUGCAGGGGGAAGUGGGCAUGACAGGCUACAGCUUAAGUGAACAGAAGGCAGACAAAGCCAAGUAUCCUUCAGUCAAUUGAAAAUACAAGUACCUGUACCACCACAGUUGACGUGCAAUUAUAUGCAUAGGGAGACACUCGGGUAGGGCAUUUGAGCAAUAGUCCUGUUUGGCUGCAUGAUUCACACAGAGACCCCCAAGCUCCUACACAUGGUAAAAAGACAGACCCCAGGAGAUGACUUGUAAUCUCUUACACUUUUUGGGUGAAGGACUUUAUAAAUUCAGCACUGAUUAGCUCUUCAUACCCUGAAAUGUAAAAGUACUUAAUAUUGGCCACCUUUUUUGAAAUUUCUAGGGUGGGGAGAAGAGUUUUCAUUGUCCAAACACCUGCAGGGCACCAAAGUCAAGGCCAAAACCUAUUUGGGAAGGCAGAUCUGUGAGUAGAAGCCAGAAGUUUUUGUGAUCGUUGACAUUUAAGACACAGAAAAGAUUGCCACAAGGAACUGUUCUUUCUCUUCCCUUCACCAGAGUAUAUUUUUAAAAAACGGACUAGAAUUUUUUAACUUAAUGUAUCUCUUUAAGUUUAAAAUGACUGUAUGCAUUGGCAAAUUAGGCAUAGCUCUAGCCGAUGUUACAGGAAUAUAGUUAUUAAACCUUACAGACAUCUAAAGGUGGCAAUUGUUUCCUCAUUACUUCCAUGCCUUGGCAGCAGAUGAUUCACAUCCCCAAAAGGUAUGCGUACUUCCUAACCUGUACCCCAAAAGCUAUCAUUUAUGUAAGCUGCAGACCAUAGAUUUCUCAUCCCCUUAGUAACUGAUGCUAAAACAAUGGAACUGAGCCGCAACACGCUGGACUUCCGGUCUCAUCCACUGAAGCUUCUGCUUUCUUUGGGAUUCCUAUUUGAAAAGGAGCAUUUGAUUAAUUGGGUUUCAAUACAUAACAUUUUGAUUUUGUUUUUCUUUCAAUUUGGUAAGAUACAUUCAUUUUCUACACACACGUUAAGAGUAGUAUUGUGUCGAUUGCUAUGGGAUAAAGUCAUGUGUUUGGUUAGUCUAAGAUAUAAUUAUCGUUGAAGAACUGGAAGACUUCUCUAGAAAGAGCACUGCUUUUUUUAAGCACUGAUAUAUAGACACUUUCUCAUUUUUCCUUAAAUGUUUCUUAUGAUUCUCAUAAGAAAAGGGGCUUUCUAGCAUGCAAUUUUACCUUAUUUUUAAACCUUUUUAUUACUGUAUAAUGCAUACAGAAAAUGCAGAGAUCAUAAGCAAACAGCUCAAUGAACUCUUACAUACUGAACAUACCCAGAUCAAGAAACACAACAUGGCAAGCACUCCAGAAGCAUUCCCUGUGCUCCCUUCCAGGCCUUGUCCCCUCAACCCCCAAGAUAAACACUAUCCUGACUUCUAACAGCAUAGAUUAGUUUUGUCUGUUUGCUCUUUUAUAUAAAUUGAGUCAAACAAUUGUAUUUCAUAUUUUGGUGGAAAAUGUCUAUUAUAUAUAUUAUAUAUAUUAUAAUGUCUGUUAGUGUCUAUUUUCAUUCACAUUGUAAAUGUGAGGUUCAUCCGUUUUGUUGAAUACAGUUGUAGAUAAUUCAUUCUCGUGGUCAUGUUAUAUUCCAUUGUGUGACUAUACUACAGUAUGUUUAUUCCACUGUUGAUGGCUAUUUGGGUUGUCUGUAGCUUCAGGCUAUAAAGAUUUUAGUGCCUAUUUAUUAAUGAACGUAUUUAUGAAUUUCUGUUAGGCAUAUUUCUAGGAUUUGAACUACCAAGUCAUACAGUAUCCAUAUGCUCAGCUUUAGUUUAUAAAACUAGUUUUCCAAAGUGGCUGUACCCAUAUACGCUCCCACCAGCACAGUAUAUGAGUUGUAGUUGCUCCAGAUUCUUGCCAUCACUUGGUAUUUUCCAUCUUUUUUACUUUAGCUCAUAUAUAUAUAUUAUAUUUACUUUAGCUCAUAUAUAUAUAUACAUAUAUAUAUUAGCAUAUAUACCAUUAUGGAUAUAUCCAUAUAUAUAUGGAUAUAUAUAUAUAUCUCUACUAUAUAUAUAUAUCCAUAUAUAUCCAUAAUGGUUAGUAUAUAGUGAUAUCUCAGUGUGAUUUUAAUUUUUACAUCUUGUCUUCCAAUUCCACUAUAGUAGUUCCCCAAGAUGGUUAACUGAUAGCUGAGAUCUGAGACCCAGGCAUGGUCCUCACAUGCCUGCACCAUUUCUAUUUCACCAACAACAGUAAGCAAAUAGUAAAUGUAAAUCUUCCCACACAAAAAAAGCUUGAAGCCAGAUGGUUUAGCUGGUUAAUUGCAUUAGACAUUUAUAGGAGAAAUAAUAUCAAAACUCCAUAAAAUCUUUUAAAAAUAGAGGAAGAAGGAACAUUCCCCAAGUCUGUGAGGCCAGUAUUACCCUGAUAUUUAACAACCAUACCAACACAUAACAACAACAACCUACAGACCAAUAUUCCUCAUGAAUAUAGACGUAAAAAUCCUCAACAAAAUAUUAGCAAAUUAAACCUAACAACAUAUAAAAGAAUUAUACAUUAUGACCAAGUGAGGUUUAUUCCAUGAUGCAAGGCUGCUUCAACAUUCAAAAAUCAAUGUAAUCAUAUUAAUAAACUGAAGAAGAAAAGUCACAUGAUCUACAGAUUCAAUACAAUUUUAUCAAACUUCCAGCAGGCUUUCUUCCCCCAAAACUGAUCAACUAAUCUUCAAAAUAUAGAAAGAGGUAGAAAGGAUCAAGAAUAGCAAAAAGGCAUCUGCCCAAGAACAAAGAGGAAGGACAUUUGCCUACCAGUUUCAAAAUUAUUAUAAAGCUACGGUAAUUGAGACAGUGUGGUACUGGCAUGGGGAUAGAUACAUAGAUCAACAGAACAAAAUAGAGUCAAGUAAUAAACCCUCAUACUUACGGUAAACAUUUUUUUUUUUCACAAAAGUGUGAAGGCCGUUCAAUGGGGAAAGAAAAGCCUUUCAACAUUUGGUGCGGGGAUAAUUGGAUAUUCACAUGCAAAAAGAUAAAUUUAAAUCUUGCUUCACACCAUUCUAACAACUCAAAAUGGAUCAGAGACAUAAAUAUAAAAGCUAAAACUAAAAGUUUUAGCAGAAAACAGGAGAUACUCUCUAUGACCUUGUUUUAGGCGAAAAAUUCUUAGAUAGGACACCAAGAGCAGGAUCCAUAAGGAAAAAAAUAAUAAACUGGACUUCAUCAAACCAAAAGCCGAAAAGGUUUGUGCUUCAAAAGACACCACUGGAAAAAUGGAAAGACAAAACAGACUGGGAGAAAACAUUUCUAAGUCCUAUGUCUGAUAAAGGACUUGUAUGUGGGAUAUAUAAAGAACUCUUACAACUCGGUAAAAGGAGGCAAACAACCCAUUUUUAAAAUGGGCAAAAGACUUGAAGAGCCAUUUCACCGAAGAAGAUAUAGUGCAAGUAAGCACAGAAUGGGACGCCCAACAUCAUGAGUCAUUAGGGAAAUUCUAAUGAAAACCACAAUGAAAUACGACUUUAUGUGCACUAAAAUGGCUAUAAUAAAAAAAGACAAUCGUACAAAUGUUGGCAAAUAUAGGGAGAAUUAGGAACUUUUCAUACAUUUCUGGUGUGAAUGCAUUAAAGUGGUAUAGCCACUUUGGAAAAGUGGCAGUUUCCCUAAAAGUUCAUCAUAAAUUUACCGUAGGACCCAGCGAUGUCACUCCUAGUAUCCACCCAAAAGAUACGUAACGUGUUCGCACGAACAUUUGCACCUAUUUAUAACAGCAUUAUUUAUACAAGGCAAAAAGUAGAGAUGAUCCAAAUGUCCAUCAGCUGGUAAAUGGAUACACAAAAUGUGGUGCUCUCAGCGAUAAAAAGGAACAAACACUAACAAAUAUUACGACAUGGAUGAAUCUCCAAAAUAUUACUCUAAGUGAAAGAAGCAAGACACAAACGAUCAAGGAUUGUAUUUGUAUAUUGUAUUUAUAUGAAAUUUCCGGAAAAAUCCAUAAAGAUCUGUAGAUUGGUGGUUGUCUGGGGGUGAAAAUGGGAAUGGUCAGUAACCGUAAAUUAGUACAGGAAUCUUAUUGGGGUGAUAUGAAUGUACUAGAACUUGAUCGUGGUGAUGGAUGUGGCAAAUUUAAUAAAGGUCAUUGAGGUGAUCCUUAAUGCCAUUCCUUUUUAAACAUCUGGAUUCCCUGCCAUAACAUCUGUUGCCACCUAUAGCUAGAAUGAACUGUUGUCUUGGAGCCUGCUGUAUAUUUAAGAAUAAACUUUUGUUUAAAAAAAGUCCCGGAACUGUACAAUUUAAAUAUGGAGUGUGCAUUAUACCUCAAUAAAGUUGUUUCUUUUCCAGA